GCAUCAUGAAGUGGUUAUUCCUUCUUGUUCUGUGCGCGGUCGCAAUCGUCCAGGGUCUCAAAGAGCUAGAAAAUCCAAAGUUAUUCGAAGGAGACGUGGUCUUAGAACGUAGACAAGCGGCUGCAAUUAGGAUGGGUGGCUUUGGAAGAGCUGCAAAUAUCGGUCGACGGUGGCCUGGUGGUGUUAUGGUUAUGUCUGUUCAUCCAUCAUUACGCCGGAAUCGUAGAGCCUGGAGGGCUAUACGGCAGGGAAUGUGGGAGUGGAUGAAGAAGUCAUGUAUUAACUUCAGGGGAAGGAGGAGAGGUGAACGUGCCUAUGUCAACUUUGUACCUGGUAGAGGAUGUUCAUCGUAUGUGGGGAGAACUGGAAGGCGCCAAGCCCUUACUCUUGCUCGUGGAUGUUGGACCAGAGGAAUAGUAGCUCAUGAAAUUGGUCACGCUCUGGGUCUCUGGCAUGAACAAUCUCGUCCUGACCGGGAUAGAUAUGUCAGGAUAUUGUGGCAAAACAUCCAGCCAAGAGCGAAGCACAACUUCAGGAAGCUGGGCCGUAAAGUCAUCAACUCUCUUGGUUUUCGCUAUGAUUAUUAUAGCGUGAUGCACUAUGGGCCGAAAGCUUUUUCCAGGAAUCGCAGGCCUACAAUUGUACCUAAACGACGGGGUGUAAGGCUUCGCCGCACUCCCGUGAGAGUUAGCCGUAUUGACAAAGAACAGAUGAAAAGAAUGUAUAGAAAACCAAGAAGAUGCAGAGGCUAAAGGAGCCAAAGACAAUCGAUGAGGGUCUUUGAAAACAAACUGGAAAUCAACCACUGGAUUAAAAUAGUGAUCACCCUAGCCUAGUAGAAUGGAC